GCCACACUGUGCCAUAGAUUACAUAUUAUGUGCCUUAUCUACCGCCUGGGAUUUGACCGCCUGACCGGUCGGUGACUCAUAUAAUAUACAAAAACAAGCUUUGCGAACACUUUAAAACUGUUAUCGAACACUUCAAAACUAUUACUAAUAAUAUCGAAUGAUUUUAACUACAUAGUCUAAAAGAAAUCAAGGAGAUCAAACGUAAAACUAGUUUUGUUAAUAAACCUUAAAAUAUAACGAGGACUGUAACCGAAAUGUUCCAAAAUGGAUCCAGUAGAAACACUAGUGACAAACCUGAAUGAACUGCUAGAAGCUGUACGGAGAGGAGAGAUAGACGACGUCAAGAAAAUAGUUGACUGGUUCGAACAAGACGUGGAUCGCAACAGAACGCUAUUACCUGCCGUGUACGCCGGAGCCAGGCCAUGUCCUACACAGGACGACCUUGUCAUUGCCGCGUGUUCCCACAACCAGAAGCGUGUCCUCGACUACUUGCUGAUUGAAACUGAUAUAUUGGAGUAUCUCACUGACAGUACACAACAUAUCACACAAGUGAUUGAGAAGAGAACCGAAGCGGUCAGACAUGCGCUGCGGCUGGAAGAUUUCGAAAUGGUGGAGAAGUUGUACAACUACUGGAGCGGCGACUUGUAUUGGAACGGACACGAAAAGGAUAAGUUUAAGAAUCUUGGAAAAAUACUACAAGACGCUGAAAACCCAGCCAUUGUAAGGGACCAACAACUGCUUAUUAAUUUUAAAUCACUCGUCACACUGAAUGACUUUCAACGAGAACUGUACAACAACCUGCCACAGCCACUGUCACAUGACGCUCCCGCAGAAGACACUGCUAGAGUGCUACUGACUGUGUUGAGUAUAUAUGACAAGUAUUCAGAUAUAGAUAGGGUAAGAAUACCAGACGUUACACACAAAAUCGAACUUCUACUCAAAUCGUACUUUGAAGAUAAGAGCAGCACAUACUUCAGAGCACUGGCGUAUAUUAAGUACGAAGUCUAUUUUCGUAAAUUGGAUUUUAAUAUAGCGUUACUUUUGUUGGAAAAGUUGUACAUUAUAAGAAAUCAUUUAAUAAAACGUUUCAAUAAAACCAAAGCAUAUUUCGAGAAUAAUAAAAAGUUGCACAAUCAAUACAUAAGCGCAUCGUCCUCGUACAAAGACAUAGAAUGUGCUAUCUACCAUCUAAUCUACCGGACGAGUGAAGACUGGAGACUAUAUCUACCUGCGGAUAGACAGUUAACAGUAGAAACGCAUCACCUAGGUUUUUAUAAUGGUAGCAUAAUUAGGAAACUUAAAACAUCAUACGAUAUACAUAAGUUGUAUAACGGUCCUGUGCUAUAUUUCGAGCGAAGGUAUUUUAAGAAAUCCGUCAAUAAAUUAAAAAAAAUAUUAAAGAAACAUGUCAUUGAUAAAGACCCAACAAUGACAUCAAUGACAAGAAGCAACCAGAAAAACUUGGAAAUAUUAUUAGAUGUGAAUUAUCUUACGCCAGUGAUGUACAUGAGUGAACAUUACUCGUUAAGAAAAAUUGUUACAUACAUCGAAGCUCUCGAACAGACUACUAAUGCAGAUGUCAUUAUGAUUGAAAGAGUUCUUCAGGUUAUAGGAGAAAUGCUAAAAAACUCUCCCGAGUCGUCACAUAUAUCAGACUUUACAAAAGCUCUCUUGCAGACAGCAAUAUCCACAGACACCAUCAAACAUCUACAAGACAUUAGAGAGUUCUUGUCACAUACUGACAAAGGACAACUGAGCAUCAGGAUUGAUAUCGAGAACAACAAAGCUGAUAUGUUACUAAAUGUUAAAGAUGAAUUAGUGAAAAUCAAAGAACAAAUUGUUCCUAUUCUUGAUUUAUGUAAAUCUGUUCUUGAUAAAUCGUUAUUACAAAAAGGUUUAGAUUUAUUAAACAUUAGAAUUAAAAACUUGCCGGAUGGUGCUAGACAACGUCUUAAUGAAAUACACUCUCUUUAUAAAGUACGUGGAAAUGACUUAGUCUCUGUGUCUGGGCAAUACUUUAGAGAAGUUUGGAAACCAGCCGGCUUGUCACACCAAUUGCUUAAAGAAAUUCCACUGCUUCUACAAAAUCGAGAUGACAUUUCAUCAAAAAAGAAUAUGGUUGAAAAGGACAUAGAAGACAAGAUCGUACGAAUAUUACCAAUGUUUAUUCAGAAUACGAGACAAAUUCUGAAACGCAUGCAUGAAAACAAUGAUAAUGUGGAUAAUAUCAACAGCAUGUUAGUGAAACAUAAGAUCAAAAUAUUGAACUAUUCUCCGGAAAUGAGUGACAUAAAGGACAGACAGCGUAAAUUAGAAAAAAGAAUGAGGCAAUGUGUAAAUUUUCCAAUAGAAGAUUUAUCACGACAUUGGAAAGCAAUAGUAAUAUUGAUAUAUAAUUGCCUCAACAAUUUUAAUACUUUUUCUGCAGUUCGUCAAUUUAAUUUUAACAAAGGUAGUUCUCCAGAUGAAUCAACUAUCGCAACACUGAAUACCAUAUUGGAGAAGGUAGAUGUUGUAUGUUCAAUGCGCAAUUCAACGCUAGCCUGGCUUUGUGGCAAACAUUUGGUGGAAUGGGGGCUAUGGAUUUACAGACUCUUUAGACAAGUGUUCCGAACUCAAACUACAUCAUUUCCUGCCAUAGAACGUCUUCAUAAAAAUACUGUCUGCAAAGUAGCACAGCCUAGUGAAUUAACAAAGUGCUUAAUCAAUCGCGUCUAUCUGCUGAGGAACACUCUAUCGUAUCCACAACAAAUACCUUUACGUGAACAUGUUCAGCGAUACAAGCGGGAUCCAGAGUUUCGUUUUGUGUUAGAAAUGUUACUGUCUGACAUAGAGAACAUUAUAAAUAAUAACAAACAUAACUCGAGGAAAAGUGGGAAGUUGCUGGAAGGUAUUGUCCUGGGUAACGUGCUGGAUCACGGCAAUCCAUUCUUAGAGGUGAUCGGGGAUAUAUUCGACUGCCACGAGCUGUCACGGGAGCUCUUGUCAAAAGCGAAAAAUUUUGCUGAAGAUCAGAACACAGUCCAAGCUCUCUACGCACUGUUCUGAGAUAAUGUAGACUUUGAUAAUAUUAAUCAACAAUUGAUAUAAACAAAGUCAUUUAGAAGGCACGGUACUGUAUUUACUGACACUCACAUUCAUUGUACAAGAAUGUUGUGCAUAUCUUUAUUUGAUGUAAGCACUAGUCUAUAUCCCUAUUAUUUUCUUAUUUUUAAUGUUUGUUUAUAUUGUUAACUCGUCGAGUACCGUCAAUAUAGACACAAUUAU